UUUAAAGCGCAGACAGAGUUGUCACAAGAUACAGUAAAACACAAGACCACGGUCAACCUGCUGCCACCCUCUGAAAAACCAAGUCCUGGAUGGCCAACUCAGCAAUGCAUCGACAGGUGGUCCAGGUCCAGCCGGAGAGCACGGCUGUGGGGUCAGGUCAAUGGAGUACUGGCCUAUGCGAGUGCUACAAAGACGUGGGAGACUGUUGCUUUGCCCUGUGCUGCCUCCCAGUGUUUACCUGUAAGGUGACCAGUGCUGUUGGUGCCUGUCCUUGCCUGCCUCUGCUGGACUGUAUUGGCUGCGUACCACCGGCCUCUCUCGCCAUGAGGGCGUCCGUCAGGGAACGAUACGGCAUAAAGGGGAGUGUGUGGAGUGACUGCCUGUACGGAUGCUGCUGCUAUCCACUAUCUUGGCUCCAGAUCUCCAGAGAGCUGAAGAGAAGAGCAGCAUCCCACGCCGCCUCCUCCUCCUCCUCCUCGGUCAGAUACACAGCUCUGACCUCCCUGCAGGGGGCGCACUUGGUCUAGACACAGUGCAGCACUCCUGCCUUCUGCCGCAGCUUCCCUCCAGUGUACAGGAGUUGAUUUAAUCACACUUCCUCCAAUCUGCAGCCACUCCCUGUUACCUCUGAGAAUUCA